UUCUCUUCUGCUUCUCUAAAUAAUAAGUUUGUUUACGUGGUUAGGUAAUUCGGGUUUAUUAAAAGAAAUGUUUGAACUAUGAAACUGAUAUUUUAAGUAAGGAAUGUAAUCAAUUGUUAAUAUUCAAAUAAUCUUUAUUGGACAAGUAAAACUAUGGACAUUUCGGCCUUUGCGGAUGACAAUUUUGAUCCCAAAGAAUGGAUAAACAAAACUUUCCAGUCAGAAGAGGUGCAAGAUAAUAAAGCGGUGAUCGUAAACACAAUGGUGAAGAAACUUCAAUUAUAUGUUCAACAAGUCAACAACGCUUUGGAAGAAACUAGCCAACAGGUGCUACAAAGCCUCCCUCGGGUCAUGAGGGAUUCGGAGAUGUUGCACCAGGAAGCCGUCACACUACGGGAUACAAUGCAAUCUGUUAGACAGGAGGUGGCUAAGGUGGAGAAAGACACAGGGGAAGCUAUGGCUAGUCUUGAGAGGCUGGAUAUCGCUAAGACGCGACUGCAGUCAUGUAAAGAAGCUCUUCACGAGGCUGACAACUGGACCGUCCUCGCAGCUGACAUUGAAGAGGUUUUUGAAAGCAAUAACAUAGAGCAGAUAGCCUCUAAGCUGGUGAGCAUGCAGCAAUCUCUGAACAUACUGGCGAACGCUUCGGAUUACGAGGAACGUAAACUGCAUUUGGAGGGACUCAAGAACAGGCUUGAGGCAAUCGCAAGUCCUCACCUGGUACAGGCGUUCACUUCAGGCUCCAUCGAACAAGCUCGGAAGUUCUUGGAGAUAUUUUCAGCCAUGGAAAGGUUGCCACAGUUGCUCAAGUAUUACCACAAAUGCCAGAAAGGAAUUUUGUGCCAACAAUGGCACUGUUUGGUGGAGGAGCAAGAUCUGAGUGUGACGGAAUGGAUGAGCUCCUUGUAUGAGAACCUUAUGUGUCACUGGCAACAACAGGUGAAGUGGUACCAGCAAGUGUUCGGCUCUGUAGGUUCGAUGGGUGAGAUUUACGCAGAUGUUCUGCUCAGUCUUGACCCUAGUCUCAAUGUCUGCAUUGACGCUGCGUUGAAGCAACACAACCAACCACUCGUGUUGCUCAUUGAACUGAAACAACUCACAGACUCUUUCGCACACAACCUUCAGUCCGCUAUCACCUCUCAAGGAAAAGCAGAUUCGUGGCCCAAAGUGGCCAAAGCUAUCUAUGCUCCUUAUAUUCCUUAUGUAACCAAGUACGCAACAUUUGAGGAGCAACAUAUUUGUCAACAGUUGUCUACAUUGAAGGUUUCCAAAGAUGAUUUGAUGGACUCUGUGCAAGGCCUAGGCCAGUCCAUCACCAGUGCCUCCUCUAUUGCAGGGGAAGCUUUGAAACGCUGUCUUCAAUUCUCCGAAGGAACUGCGUAUCCUGGCCUAGUAAAGGCUCUCCAGGUGUAUUGGCACGGCUAUCUGGAACAAUACAGCUCAGUGCUGAGACAGCUGGGGAUGAGGAAAGGGUCGCAAGAAGAUUGGAACAUGUUCCAGAUGUGUCUGACUCUACUGCAAACCUCCGGUGAAUUGAUUGGAGAAGUGAAAAGAUUUGAUGCAGAAUUGAUUCAAACUCUCAUCAAUACCAAUCGAAAGUCAACAUUGUCUGAGUUUUCUACUUUGUUGCUCUCGGCCAAUCAAAAGUCAGAGUUGGAUCGGUUGGUUUCAUCUGUACUCAGUGGUGAGGAGAGUGUGCUGCUGGAGUCAGUUGUGAGUGCCGUUGAGAAGCUGUGCCGAGAUGUACAUUUCACCACACAGCAGGUUAUAUUGGCCCCUGUCGUAUCCCAGAUGGAGAGAUGGACUCUCGGACAGACGGACACUUCCACUCCCGACAUGCCCGACUACAGCUUCACACCCCAGGAGUUCAUUACGCAGAUUGGUAAUUAUCUCAUGACCUUGCCACAACAUCUGGAGCCGUUCCUUCUGCAUGAGAACCCCUCGUUGACCUCAGCUCUAAGAGUGGUGGGGGGAGGAGGGGAGGUCGGAAGUGCUGAGAUCUUGUUGGGAGCCGUAGCUAAAGGGACUUGCCAGGCUUUUGCGGACCGAAUCUUGAGUGUCUGUGAAUUGUCACCCAACACCUGCAAGCAGCUUGCCACAGACAUUGGCUAUCUUGGGAACGUCCUGGAGGAUUUGGGGUUUGGGCUGACGGACACUCUGCGCCAGAUGGCCACACUGUUGCGGCUGCCUGCGGACUCGUAUCACACCCAGAGCGCCGGCUGUCCAGCCAAGUUGGUCGCCGCUGUGCGUCAGAUGAGGAGUUUACCAUCAGCCUGACUUGGAAAAUCAUCACUGUCCACUGUAAAGAGUUUAUAGUUCUAGGAUGAAUUCAGGUGUGUCUAUGAAAAAUCCUUUGGACAGAUUCCCUUCAUAUAUCAAAAUUCAAAUAAAAAAGAAUGUAAAUUAGAGAAAUUUAACCAUUUGUAAAUAACACCACAAAAAUUAAAUGCCUUACCAGUAUUCAAACAGUGUCCUGAUUUAACCCUGGAAGUGCCUUUAAAUAUUUCAAAUGCCCCUUUUUGUUUAUCUGCAGUUUGCAUUAGUUUAAAAAUUGGAUGAAAAGCAGUUGUACUAUAUUGUACUGUAUAUUUUUGAGAUAGAAACAGAGUAUUAUCAUAGACUAUCCAACA